GAAUAACUCACUCUUUUCCAUGGCUGUAGGGCUCAGUACCUUCAGCCCACGCUUGAUGAGCUACAUCCUCAUCGUGGGCAUAUUUUGUCUCAUUGUGCUCACCACCCCUCUUGGCCCGCCCACCGCUCAGGCGCGCGUCAAGGACCCCCAACACGGUCUCUCGUAUCGUGCUCAACUGGCCAGGCUACUCCCAAAAGACUUCCUCCUCCAUUCACGCACCCUUCUCCCUCUUCAGUCUCCAACCGACACAGCCGCUAUUUAUGUUGUCUCACUCGCAAGAAGACAAGAUAGGCGAAAGACCAUGUCUGAGGUCGCCAAUGCUCUUGACCUCGACUUCACCUUUGUGGACGCGACCGACUUUAACGAUGCCGCACCAGGCGGAGGUGCAGAGAUUGUGGACACGAUCAUGCAGCGUGUGGGCUGGCAGCGGUGGUUCAGGAUAGAUGAACGGGAUUUGGACGAGCGCGAAACGCUGCCCAAGGAUUACGACCAGGAUUCAAGUCCUGAAUUUGUUUAUCACGCUUUCCCUUUCGAAUGGAGUCAAGAGGUGAAGGACAUGGAAGGGCUCGAAGAGGAAAAUGAGGUCCCGCAGAUGUAUGCAGGCGCUGAUUUCUGGGACGUAUCCGUUCCUGGCUCAGCAGAGUGGGCGGCAGAGCACCCCAUGCAGCCGCUCCCUACCUCUGGGCCUCUCUGGCGGACACAGGUCAACUCGGCGGGCCUCCUCAACCAUGUUCGGAAAAGCGAGCCACUACGAAAAGCGGCGAUAGCAUGUUGGCAUUCUCACGUCGUCGCGUUGCGAGACAUGGUUCAAAAAGGCCACGCUGCAGCCCUCAUUCUCGAGGACGAUAUUGACAUCGAGUUUGACAUCGAGAAGAUUCUUGCCCCUCAGUGGCCGCACCUCCCCGCCGACUGGGACAUCGUCUACCUCGGCCAUUGUCACUCCCAGGAAUACCGCAAUAACCCUCUCCAGUCUGCACCUCGUUUCCGAGUAACGCACCACACCCUGUGCACCCACGGUUACGCAGUCUCACGGAAAGGAGCGCGCAAAAUUCUCAAACUCCUCCGUAGCGCCGACUACGCGUACUCCAAGCCGAUCGACCACGGGCUGAAAGAUCUCGUCCAGCAGCACUUACUCCAGAGCUACAGCGCAUACCCACCACUCGUCGUUCAGCGCAAGGAGGAUAUCAGCGACAUCAUCGGCAACGCGACGUUCAACUGGUCCUGGAACGACGUCGAGGGCGAGUUGGUGGACUCGGCCGUCGCACGCAUCCGAGCCCAUGAGCAGAAGCAGAAAGUGCGGCCACCAAUGAAUAAUUUGUGAGGUGCAUAUCUAGUAUUGUGACUUUAUGGUCUCCCGAUUUCUGUU